CUCCCUCAAUUUGGCUGCUUCCGUCAUCAAUCCCACCCACCCACCUUUUUCCAUCUUUUCCAUCGACCUUUCAUCCCGGCCCUCCUCCUCCUCCUCCCCUUUCCCAUGGCGGACUCGGUGACCCACACUUCACCUCCCUCUUCUUCCUCUCCUUCUUCUUCCUUCUAUUCUCUUUUUGGUACUCCUCCUCCCUCACACCAGCCCGACGGCGGAGCUAACAAUCGCGACGACGAUGAACCGAGUCCAAUACAACCAUUCUCCUUCCCAGGCCGGUCCGUUUUUCCUCGUCGACACACUGAAGUGAGCGUCCCGCGAUUCGAGAGUCAUAUCAAGUCCAUCAACUCCUACCCAUCACGUACGCCUGUUGGAAGGACGGGGGUGCUUGACGGGCUAUCGCAUCGUGGGAAUCUCGCAGUAAGCCGUGUCGGCUAGCCAGAGCGGCGGGACCAUCAUCACCGACGCCAGGUCAUUCUCUCUCUUUCAUGACCCAACCCCCCCUCUCGCCUCGCCUUCCUUAUCCUUCCACCACUUCCCUUCCCUCUCCCCUGCCGUCUCCCCUGCCGUCUCCCCUUCCACUCCUGGUGCUGUGUGUUCUUGGGCACACGGCCGUCCCGUUUCUCCUGGCAAUAGCUGGAAGGAUGCGUCCCACGCGUCGAGAACCGUAAAAACUUGCCAACUCCUACCCACAGGCUAGCCACCUGCUGGAAGGACUGGGGUUCUCGAUAGGUCGUGGAUAGAGAGUUAGCCGACCAUAGCGCUCUCUGUCUACCUCCGGGUGUUGGGAAGCCUCCGACAGUUCAAUGUCACGCAAGAGCGGCAGGAUGAUCACCACCAAGGCCCCAGUCCCGAGGUCAUGUAUCUGGCAGGAUGCAUGGCCGGAGCGUUUCUUAUUGAUGAUGUAUGGGGGUUGGUGUACCACGAGUCGAGAAGCCUUAGAUCCAACCACAGGUCAACUCCUGUGGAGAGGACUGUGGCUCUCUCGAUAGGCCGCGGGUAGAGAAUGCUGCUGGCGUAGCUUCCUCUGCUGUCUUGCGUCCGAUGGUGUGAAUCGAUCAACAAUCACAUUGUCAACCGAGAGCGACGGGGCUUUCCCUUUAAACCCAGCCCUGGCGUUGUGUGUCCGGCGGGGCACAUGGCCGUCCGUCUCAGCUGUGCGAUACUUCUGAAAGUAUGUGUAACCCGGGUCGAGAAGCCGUAAAAACUUGCCAACUCCUACUCAGUGGGCUAGCUGCUUGCUGAAAGGACUGGGGCUUCUUCGAUAGGCCGUGGAUGUAGAUGCUGCUGCCGUAGCACUCUUCCACCUCCGUCUGGGGGAACUGAUGGACAGUUGCGUCGUCACAGGUGAGCGGCGGGGCUUUCCUCAUCUCUGCUGCUCGUUUCAGCCGUGCGAUGCUUCUGAAAGUAUGUGUAACCCGGGUCGAGAAGCUAUAAAAACUUGCCAACUCCUACUCAGUAGGCUAGCUGCUUGCUGAAAGGACUGGAGCUUCCUCGAUAGGCCGUGGAUGUAGAUGCUACUGCCGUAGCACUCCUCCAUCUCCGUCUGGGGGAACUGAUGGACAGUUGCGUCGUCACGGGUGAGCGGCAGCUUUGUCCCUUCCCUUUUGUCAUGUUCAUCGCGCGCCUAGAUCAUCACCAACACAGCACCAACACUACGUACACCGGCACUACACCAGCACCAAGACCAUCAUAUCUACGUUUACGGCUAACAGUCCAAGGGAGGCGAGUGGUUUGAACGGCGAGGACACGCCUCGUGACAAAAUAAGCGACAGUCUCUUCAACCGCGAUGACGACAACACCUCGGUUGUGUUCGACUCCAGCGACGAUGAAAGACACUGCAACAUCAACAUGUUGAAUCGUGGAGGUGUGGUAACAUGGGAGGACGCAGCACAUGUCAUCCAACAUACAUCUCAAUUAUCACUGGACUUUCACGUCGAUACUUCGGAACAACGAGCUCUUUUUGUUCUUCAUGCUCCCGUGUACCUAAAGGUCAGCACGCCCAACUGUCUGGUUUUUCGUCUGAUUAUGUAUCCCGAGAACAUUCGGUCCAUCGAAUUUGAUCCGAGGACACGUCCUCCUACACCUGGCAUGGACAACGCGCCCAAUAAGUUCAUGGGUUUACGCUUCCUCAUGACGCAACCACCUAGCUUGGCGGUCCCCAAAGAUCGCCCUUUGGAACCAAAACCACGAUCUCGAGACCUGUUCGAAGCUCUGAAAUCCCUUGCUACAGUCCAGGAACUCAACAUCUACCUGGACAUGUUCUGCCAUGUGCCGGAGGUUCGGGAUCAAUUGUCUUUGCUUCCGACUGUCUUUUCAUCCACCUAUCUUGGCGAUCGACCAAAAACGGAUUCCAAUCGGUCGAAUCUCCAAGUCUUGCAUAAAGGUUUGGGCGCCGUAAUUCUCGACAUGGGUGCAACUGCUGCCGGACCCGACGCAACCUUGGCAAAUACUGCGGCAAAGCAAGUCGUGCAUGAAACGAUAGAAGAAGUAGCGCCGGCAUAUACCAAGGAUGACUCUCUCCAGAGUCCGGCGCAAGUGAUAACUCCGUCUGACCGCAAACGUCGGCGAACCAGUGAAUCCCUGUCUCCCUCAACCACCACCGACAAGCGCAUCCUCACUGCCUUCGCUCAACUAGCCAAGCGCCAUGCCGAUCUGCAAAGUCGCGUUGCACACCUCGAGAAGAUGGUGGCCGACUCUCGGUGUGAUCACACUCCAUGCCGUUGCGAUACGGAGGAAAUCGAGAAUAUUAUCGAACAUGUGAAUGAUAAAAUCGGCAAUGACAUGGAUGAUGUGCGAUGGGAGUUGGAGGACAAAGUGUUUGGCGAGACGCGGGAGCUUGUGAUGGAGAAGACGGAAGAGCAGCAGUCGCAGUUGUGGGCCGAUAUGCGAGAGGGCUUAAUGGACGAGAUGCGGCAGGAGAUCAAGGAGGAAUUGAAGGCUGAGCUCAGACAGGAACUGGCGGCAGAGAUCAAAACGGAGCUGUUCAAGGACAUGGCACAGGCGAUGAUGAGGGCGGCGUGCGGUGACGUCGUCAAGUCUGGGGCUGGCAUGUCACAAAGCACGCAGAGCACGGAUAGUACUCAGUGAGGCACGCCAUCGGCUGGUCCGAUACCCUCACCUAACGGCCUUGUGAAUGAACAUGAUCUCUUCCUUUUCCCCAACAUACAUGAGGCCUCAGCAUCUUGGUUGUUCAGACUGAUGUCUGCAUGUGCUUCCAUGUUGUAACUAGAGUGGCCAACCUGUGUUGCCAUUCUGCCCGUAGGU